AUGAAAGACAUAUCAUUAUAUAUAGAUAAUAGAUUAAGAAAAUAUAUGUUAGAUAUGAAUAAAAUUCAAAAUUCUGAUAAUAUAUUCUUCAACUUAAUAAUUUCAAUACCAAACAAUUAUAAAAUAUUCUUAAUAAUUCUUAAAAUGAAAAUUGAUGCAAAUUUUAAAAAUGGUUUAAGAGAUACUACACAAUUAUCAAGAUUAAUUUUGUAUGAGAUUUGUGAUAUAAUGAUAUAUCCACUUGAUGAUAAUAGAAUAGUAUUAAUACAAACAAAUAAAACUACAAUUAUAAAGAAAAAACUUGAUGAAAUAUUAUUAAAUGAUUUUGAAUAUACAAUGAAAAGAAUAAAUGGUGAUGAUCAAAUUUUAUCUAGAUGUUUCAUAUUCACAUUAUUAUGUAAUAUGUUAAAAACAGGAAAAUGGAUACAUGUUGGUAAAUCAAUGGAUUAUUUAAUAUCAUCAAAUUUCAAACAUUCAAAUGAUAAAAAUUCAAUAGCAUUUUCUUGUAAUAUAGAAAAUAUAGAAAGAAUAUUAAAUGAACAAAAAUUAAAAAUAACUAUAAAAAUGAUAAUAUAUAUAGUAUUAAUAAAUAAUAUACAACCAAAUAAUAUAAAUAAAAUUAUUGGUAAUAUGGUAUUAUGUUUACCUAAAUGUAAUUCAUAUGCAAAAAUCAAUUCAUAUAAAAAUUCAAAUAAUAAUAAAGAUUUUCUAAUUUCAUAUUGGAGAAAAACUAAUGGAUAUUAUUUGGAAGAAAAAGAUGUAGAAAUAAUUGUUAAUGUUACAUUUAAAAAUACAUCAUAUGAUUAUCCAUUAAUAUUAUUACUUAAAAAUCAAAUUACUAUUCUACCAUUCAAAACACAACAAUAUAAACAAUCUACAAUUAAUAAAAUAUUCAAUGAUAUUGAAAGUUUGGGUGAAUAUAAAAUUGAGUAUAUAAAAGAAAUGAAUAAAUUGGAGAAUGAAAUUGAUGAAUUAAGUUAUAAAUUAAAAUGGAUAUCACAAUCAAAAACAAAAUUAUUAUUACCACCAAUAAAUACAUAUGAAAAUAAGAAUUUUAGAAAAAAUAAAUUACCACCAAUUGAAUAUUGUAUAAAAAAUAAAUUACCACCAAUUGAAUAUUGUAUAAAAAAUAAAUUAGAUAAAUCUGAUGAUUUCAAUAUUGAUAAUAAAAACAUUCUUACUAAUCAAUUCUGGUCCAAUGUAAAUCAACAAAUUGAUAAAUUCAUUUAA